GGAGAGAUUUCCGACCAUUGUAUCGAAAUGCUGAAACAAAAAUUUGGUAUUAAAAAUGAAAAGAAUUCAUGUAUUCCAGCUGAACUGGUUGGUCGAGGAUAUAAUAUCUUAUUGGACAACACCGUGUCCUCUGAUAUUUUCGAGUUUUCAGCUGUGAAUGAAACGAAGUAUGGUUUUAAUAUCCCUAGUUGUGCUCAAAUCAUAAAAGUUAAUGAGACGCAGGAAUUUCAAAGGAAAUUUCAGUCCGAUGAAUUGUUCGUAGAGAAUAGAUUGAAAAAUCUCGGCGUAAGUCUUGAUAUUGCACAGAGCAUGUUGAAAAUGGCACCUAACUUCAGAGCGAGUGCAAAUCAGAAGGAAAAUGGCAGUAACAAGUCUACGAAGACCACGAAUAUAUCGUUGACAGAACAUCGAAUUGUUAAGAUUGUUAUUGGAAAUUUUGAGUCGCAGGAAAUCUCCUUCACCAAUAAUUUUGUGUCCGCUGUUGGGAAAUUACCUGACCAAUAUACAGACGACGAAAAAUGCAGAGAAGCGUUUAUGAAUUUUUUCAAUCGUUUCGGUCAUUUCGUGGUCACUUCAGCUUAUGUUGGUGGGGCAGUUGAGGAAAAAACCUGCACUGAAGGUUUCGAAGCAUCGAAAAAAAUUGAUAACUCGGUAGAAGGAGCAGUUGGUGCGGAUCUAAGUGGAGCCUGCGGAGCUAAAGUGGACUCCAAGAGCCAAAUAUCGACAGAGAGUGUAAAGAAGAUUAUCUUGGAUGCAACAGAAACACGGUGGUAUGGAGGCCGAAGGGACCUGCAUAGCAAAAGCACACUACUCUCUGAAGAUAAAUUCCUGGAGUGGAAGUUGUCCCUGUCCAAAGAACCAGUGAUGCUGGCAACUGAAAUGAAUCUGGAGAAUAUUUCUUCUGUGGUCGCCAUCAUUGAUGAGAAGAAGGGAGAAGUUUGCCAUCAAGCACUGCGUAAUCUUUUUGAUGAUAAAGAUCUACAACCUGUUCGUGGUGAAAAAGAGAAAUCUCAAUUGGAGGAAAGAAAGAAGAAAGAGGAACACCUCGAAGAGCAACGUAGAAAAGAAUCAAACACGAGAGAAGGUUCAACAAUAGAGCCAGAUAUUAAGGGAUGGUGGAAAACCAACACAGGAAAUGUUUACGCAGUUGGUGGAGUUCUUGUGGCAAUAGGUGCUUUUAUUGCAGCUAUACUCCUAAAGCGCUGAAAUUACCAUAUAUGCAUCUACUCGGUUUCAGUCUUUAGAUGAUCAUGGAUUUUACAUCGUGUUCAAGUACAUCGUUGUAUGGCCUGUAAUUUACAGGCUGUGCAUUCUAUUAAUUAAUUCUCGACAUGUUAAUUGUAAGUCUCUUAAAUCAUACCAUUAAAAGGAAAUGUAGUAUUGUUAGUCACUACCCUAGUUAGGAACGCAUGUAUAGUAGCUAUGCAAAUUUUGUUGUUGUAAAGAUAACUUAGAUAUC